AUGGCCAAGCUUUUUGCUUCUUUCCUCGUCCUCCUCUCAGUUUGUACUCUCGGUUGUAACCUCGUUUUGGCAGACGACACAACAAAAACAUUUUGUGUGGCGAAGCCUUCGACUGACGACACAGCUCUGAAGAACAAUAUUGCAUUCUUGCAAAAUUCGGGGAUCAAACUAAGCGAACCGUGCUCGAAACCAAGUACAAACAUCAACAUUGCUUCCGUGCUCAUGAAUUCUUAUUAUCAGGCAAACGGAAGGAACGCUCACAACUGUGAUUUCGCCGAUUCUGGACUCAUUACCCUCACCGAUCCGAGCUAUAGCAGUUGCAAGUACGCAUAUAACUCUACUAUAUGA